AUGUGCUCACAGAGCCUAUCGUCUGUGAUCCGUGAUUGUUACCACACUCUCUCUUGGCAUGCCAAUGGACAGUGGGAUAAAACUGUCAAUUCUUGCCAAAACAAGCUGUUGCAAACUAAUAGUGGCAAAAUACAAGAUUAUCUCAAACAUAAGGAAAACGCUGGAUAUUUGAAAAGGAUUGGCAGAUCUUUGUCAUCGAGUAUCUACAGUCAUAGGGCCGCAUUUUAUAGAGGACAUCCUAAUAACAAAGAGUCCAUUGCACCAAGCUUUCACUCUAAGAGAUAUUUAUCCAUGGUUAAGAUACAACGGGAUACCGACAAGAAGCAGACGGAAGAACUGCUCUUUGAAAUGUUCAAAAAUGAGGACACCGGACUGCUCAACAUUGGAAAAUUUUUAGCGGCCCUCCGAACCACCGGAAUUCGCCGUAACGAUCCGCGCAUAGGUGAAAUGAUGGAAAAUUUGAAGAAAAUUCACAAGCUGAACAACUACGAUGGAGGUUCACCCCUAACGCAGCAUCUUAACGCGGAAACGUUCAAAGCCGUAAUAGCACCGAACAUUGUGCUCAUCGCACGUGCCUUUCGGCAUCAGUUUGUUAUUCCGGAUUUUCACGGCUUCACCAAGGACAUCGAGGACGUGUACUGGAAGUGUAAAAGCAAUACCGAUGGUAAGGUGGCAAGCUACAUUCCGCAGCUGGCUCGGGUCAAUCCUGAUUACUGGGGAGUAAGCAUAUGCACGAUCGAUGGUCAAAGGUUUUCGAUCGGUGAUUCCACCGUUCCUUUCACGCUGCAAAGCUGCAGUAAACCACUUACUUAUGCGAUUGCUCUGGAGAAGUUGGGCUCGAAUGUUGUUCAUCAGUACGUUGGACAGGAACCAAGCGGAAGAAAUUUCAACGAAUUAGUUCUAGAUCACAACAAAAAACCACAUAACCCGAUGAUUAAUGCCGGAUCAAUUUUAACUUGUUCGCUGUUGAAAACUCUAGUGCAUCCGGAGAUGACGUUGGCUGAGAAGUUUGAUUUUACCCAGUCAUGGUUCAGUCGUAUGGCAGGUGGAGAACCUUUGGGUUUUAACAAUGCAGUAUUUUUAUCGGAACGAGAAGCCGCUGAUCGAAAUUAUGCGUUGGGAUUUUACAUGCGUGAGCAUAAGUGUUAUCCUGAAAAAGCAAACUUAAGAGAGUGUAUGGAUUUUUACUUCCAAUGUUGCUCGAUGGAAGCGAACUGUGAAACACUUUCGAUAGUAGCUUCUACGCUGGCCAACGGAGGUAUUUGUCCAUUGACGGAAGAGAAAGUUCUGCAAUCAGAAAAUGUUCGGGAUGUCCUGUCGCUAAUGCACUCCUGUGGAAUGUAUGAUUUUUCAGGACAGUUUGCCUUCAAAGUUGGACUACCGGCCAAAUCGGGAGUUAGCGGCGGUGUAAUGUUGGUAAUACCGAAUGUUAUGGGAAUAUUCAUGUGGUCUCCACCACUGGACCCCCUUGGAAACAGUUGCAGAGGCGUACAGUUUUGUGAGGAGCUUGUGAACAUAUUUAACUUUCAUCUAUACGAUAAUUUGAAGCACGACUCAAACAAAAAGGACCCUCGCCGACAUCGUUAUGAAACCAAAGGCUUAUCGGUAGUUAAUCUACUUUUUUCGGCUGCUAGUGGUGAUGUGACUGCUUUACGGAGACACAAACUGUCCGGAAUGGACAUAACUCUGUCGGACUAUGACGGUCGAACGGCACUGCAUUUAGCGUGCUCUGAAGGACAUCUGGAGUGCGUGAGGUUCCUACUGGAGCAUUGUGGAGUGCCGCACGACGCUAAGGAUCGCUGGGGAAAUCGACCGGUUGAUGAAGCUGAAACGUUUGGCCAUGAAGAUGUGGUGAGUUUUCUGAAAGAAUGGGACGAAAAAGUGGAGUUGGUUAAAAAACUAGGCAACGAUCCGGGCUAUAAUUCCGACCAGGAUAGUCUGAAAAGUGAUUCUUCAGGUUCGGAAAAGAGCAAAUCGAAGCACCCAACAGAGAUUCUUAAGUAA